UCAAAAGGAGGAGUCCUGGAUUGAAAGCCGCUGGUUUUGAAAAAGGGACUCAGAAGACCGAACGAGCAAGAGCGCACAGUUGUCAACGACUCCACAUCUGAAAGGACAGUCUAGCUGGUGUGAGGAGACAGCAUCUAAGGAUUAUUGCUCACAAAUACAUCACGAUAACGAGUUUUGCGGACAAGCCGGGCGUGGAUCAUUGCGCGAUUUCUACUUUACAUCUCACUUUGGCACGGCGCGCGCUUUACGCAGGUGUGGAUUUCUUGAGCAACCGGUGUACAGAUGGCUGCUUUAACCUUAUCGAGAGCGGACAAUUUUCUUCACAAUUUCUUACAGGAUCGCACCCCCAGCUCUUCUCCAGAGAGUGGCCCUAGCGCCCUUUCCUUUUUGGCCACCACAUGCAGUCAAGCCUGGCAAGAGGGGUCACAGGUCCCCUACGAGGGGCCAGUGGCAUCCGCAUCCAGCAUGUUUCAGCUCUGGAGCAACGACAUGGCACCUAACUCCAGCCUGAGUGCCCACCAGAUGACCUUCACAGUACCUAAGGUGCAGUUCCCUGGACACAUGCAGCCCAGCCUGGGCUCCCAUUCCCAUCAUCAUCACCACCACCACCAUCACCACCACGAGUUACCUCUCACUCCCCCGGCCGAGCCUCCGUCUGCAUACUCCUUUGAGCUAUCUCCAGUAAAGAUGCUCUCCUCCCAGGCACAGGGUAGUGCACCAUACUAUGCACAGCACAAUGCUGUGACUCAGAACUUUCCCACCUUCCUCCAAAACACUUCAUCCAGACCUCACCUUCCCGGCGGGCACGUUGAGGACGGCCAGCAGUGGUGGAGUCUCCCUCAAGGUAACAGCACAGCCUCAGGUCACCCUUUCUCUCUGGGUAGGCAGCUAGUUUUGGGCCACCAGCCCCAAAUUGCAGCCCUGCUGCAGGGCACAUCAAAGGGUCUGUUGGGCUCCACGCGCCGGUGUCGCAGGUGCAAGUGCCCGAAUUGCCAAUCCACAGGAAGCGGCAGUGCUGCGCUGGAGUUUGGAAAGAAAAGACUGCACAUUUGCCACAUUCCAGAUUGUGGGAAGGUCUACAAAAAGACCUCACACUUGAAGGCACACCUGCGUUGGCACGCCGGCGAGCGACCCUUCAUCUGCAACUGGCUCUUCUGCGGAAAAAGCUUCACGCGCUCGGAUGAGCUGCAGCGGCACCUGCGCACGCACACCGGGGAGAAGCGCUUCGGCUGUCAGCAGUGUGGAAAAAGGUUCAUGCGUAGUGACCACCUCUCCAAGCAUGUGAAGACCCACCAGAGCAGGAAGAGCCGGUCCAGUCAGCCUCCUCACAGUGGAAGUGAUGCAUUGCUAAGCAACAUUAAGAGAGAAUAAAAAUUAUAGAACAAAGACUGCACAAUGCAAAAGAACUCACUGUAGAGUCUUUUGACUAUCAGGGAGGAGACUACACAUGAAGCAGCUAAAGUGUUUUAGCAUAAAUGGCAUACAAAUGUGUGUCUAUGUUUUUUAAACAGAUAUUCCAAAAAGCAAUAGAAAGAAAACACUGUAGGAGUGUUCGCACACCACGCUGCACUGAAGAAAAUAUGCUGCUUAUUGGGGACUUUAGAGACUUAAAACUACAUUCAAGGUUUUAUUUUGCCUGUGAUUUGUUAGCUGAUAAAAGCAACAUAAUUUCAUGCCACUGUAUGCAGAGAUGUCUCAUGACCAAACUUUUCCCUUGCACAUUUAUUUAAACUUAAAUCAAAUAAUUUUGAAAAAAAAUUCUAAACUCAGCUGAAAUGUUUUUUUUACUAUAUGGUUAUAAGAUUGCUGUUUGUUUACAUGUUGUUGUCGCUUUGGGUUUGAACGGUACUUUCUUGUUUAGGGAAUUGCUGCCUUAUAAAAUAAUUCUGGUUGCAACCAGUCAAAUUUGCCAACACCAUUCCUUUGCCGAAUCUAUUUCCCUUCAAAUGUAAAUUCCAAAUAAAUAAUAGCUAUAGUUUUCAAAAGUGAAAUCCAAUGUAUAUA